AUAUAAUGAUGGUCCAUUUGUCCGAAUACCCUUGAUUGAGCAGCCCCGAGUAUUUUCACAGCUUCAGUAUGGAUCAAUGCCAUGUAUUCAAGCUUCCAAAUGAGCUUCUUCUACAUAUCCUCACACCCCUCCCUACACCCGAGCUCCUCCCACUUACAGUAAUUUGUCACCGAAUUUACACCUUAAUCUUACGGAUCCUCCAGAAUCGCCUUGUUGCUGCUUCAAACCUAGAUUCCCACUCUCUGCUUCUAGAAUGUUACCACCCAUCUGCCAAGUUGACUGAACCGCCCUACUUCUGUGCGUACCGAGGGACAGAUGGACUAUCGGCAUACACGGCUGGCAUACACGACAAGAAAUCCGACGAUGCAUCUCGAUUGGGAGAGAUGAAGAACCUGUACUCGCGCUUCCGCCCUCAUCGCCGCGAACUUGACCCCACAGGUCGGCGCGUCGUGCGGCGACAACGACCCCAUCCCGCAGGCGAUAUCCCGGGCUCACGGACGUAUGAUGCCUCUCAAUCCUCGUCCUCCCAAAGUUCCAAGGUCAUUCCGGGCACGGCAUCAGAUCUCAACGAAGGAGGCGAGACGGUCAAGCAAACGCUCAGUCUCGAAGCCCAUGAGCUCUUCACCCAGCUCGUGGCGCAGACGAACCUAGUCAAGAUCAGCGAGGCGAGUGGCAUAUUCAGCUGUUUCGUUGACGUCGAAGAAGGUGUCGUAAGGGUAUGGAGGGAGUGGUUGAAGAAAGCUUCGUCUGUGCUUCCUCCCAUGUCUACUGAUACAUCAACGAAUGGAAGUAGCACACGACGUCCAGUGCAACUUGACGAGAACAUCCUCUGGGUAAGCCCUAGUCGCAAUUCAGGCAUUCGAUUCAACGUCAGAGAACGAAAACUGCUUCACUCGCAUAUCCCCAUCCUCAUUCGUGCAGACGAGCCAGACGCAGACCUACCUGUCAGCUACGAGCUCGAAUUCUCUGAACUUCUGAUACGUACAUCGCACCUACUUCUCACGCUCGAAAAGUCAAUGGUUCAGGAGGACAACACGUCCGGCAAGGCCAUAGUCUUUGGAUCUUUUGGGUAGGCCUGAGAAUAGCAUCAUUUUAUCAUUUAAGUACAUAGCACCAAAUAACCAAUC